AUGUCGACGACGGCGGCGCGACGAAAGAAGAGCGCCGCGGCGGCGGCGGAGGAGACGAUGGUUGACGUGGAAGAAGACGCCGGGGUGACGUUUGCGGAGGAACAGUCGAACAUCGUGUCCAUCGAUGCGCUGCAGCAGAGCGGGGUGUCGGCGACGGAUAUAAAAAAGUUGAGAGACGCGGGAUUCGUCACGGUGAGACAGUUGUUGAUGUUUCCGCGAAAGGCGAUCAUCGCGGUCAAAGGCUUCUCUGACGCUAAAGCGGAUAAGGUUUUGGAAGGUGCGGUCAAACUGUUACCGGAGAGCGAAGCUGGGGGAUUUGUCACGGCGGCGGAGGAUGCGGAGCGACGCAAGGAUGUGGUGCAUAUUACAUCUGGAGCCGCCGCGGUGGACGCGAUCUUGGGCGGCGGAUUUGAAAGUCGAGCGAUCACGGAGAUUUACGGCGAGUGGCGAUGCGGCAAGACCCAGCUAUGUCACACUAUUGCCGUUACGACGCAAAUGCCGGUGGAAAUGGGCGGUGGAUGCGCCAAGGUGGCGUGGAUCGAUACCGAAAACACCUUCCGCGGAGACCGCCUCGUUCAAAUCGCGAACCGCUUUGGACUGGACGCUGACGCCGUUUUAUCGAACGUCAUGGUCGCUCGCGUGGAUACCGUCGAUCAAAUGAUGCAUGCUCUCAUCGCUAUUGGCGCGAAAAUGGCUGAAGAACCUUUCAAGUUACUCGUCGUCGACAGCAUCAUGGCGAUUUUUCGAGUGGAUUACGUCGCGAGAGGAGAGUUGAGCGAACGACAGCAGACACUCAAUCAGUUCCUCUCUCGCUUGCGAAAAAUUGCCGAAGAAUUCAACGUCGCCGUCGUGCUCACUAAUCAAGUCCAAUCUGACCCGGGGGGCAUGGCUUUCGCGGGAGUUGAACCAAAGAAGGCGAUCGGGGGGCACGUUUUGGCCCAUGCGUCUACGAUUCGUCUGAUGGUAAGAAAGGGCAGAGCCGAGGCGCGCGUGCUCAAAGUGCUUCAAGGUCCGACUCUGAAAGAAGACGAAGCUGAAUUCCAGAUCACGGAAGGCGGAGUGACGGGGAUGGAAUGA